GUUCUCGGAUGACAGUAAUAACCACCGGUAACCACCAAAUCCUUUCACACUACAGCAGGAGGGGCAUUAGGAACUAGGAAAGUUAAAUGCGGUGGCGGGCUUUGUGUAAGUGCUGGGGUUUGUUGCGAUUGAAAAUUGUUGAUCAUGCAAGACACAAAUAUGAGCGGAAAUAAAUUGUCAACAGAAAGUCUCGGGUCAUAUUUUUUAAAACAUGAUAAUUCUAGGAAUAUAGUACUGUUUUCUGAUUUACCAAAAUUAUGUUUAGAUGAGCCGUGUGUUCUUGGAGUCGAUGAAGCAGGGAGAGGGCCAGUAUUAGGUCCUAUGGUGUAUGGAAUCUGUUAUUGCCCACUGAGCAAGGCAGAAAACCUAAAGGCUUUGGGAUGUGCAGAUUCUAAAAUCCUAACAGAGGAGAAAAGAGAACUUAUAUUUGAGAAACUCUGUAAAGAAACAGAAUAUAUUGGGUGGGCUAUAGAAGCCAUCUCUCCAAACAUCAUCUGCAAUAGCAUGUUCCGAAGACAGAAGCAUUCUUUGAAUCAAGUAGCACAGGAUUCAACAGUUGGGCUCCUCACAAAAGCAAAGAGCUCUGGAAUAAACAUCAGUGAGGUGUAUGUUGAUACUGUUGGAAUUCCUGAAAAAUAUCAGGCGAAGUUAUCAGAAAUAUUUCCAGAAUUUAAGAUUACAGUUGCUAAGAAAGCUGAUGCCAUUUACCCAAUUGUAAGUGCAGCCAGCAUCUGUGCCAAAGUGUCCAGAGAUACAGCCCUGAAAGGAUGGAUAUUUCAAGAGGGCCUUGAAGCAACUUCAGAUGAUUUUGGAAGUGGUUACCCUAAUGAUCCUGUAACCAAAGCAUUUCUGAUAAAGAAUAUUGAUCCCGUGUUUGGAUAUCCACAGUUAGUCAGAUUUAGUUGGUCAACAGCGGGAAAAAUUCUGCAAGAACAUUCUGCACUUGUGGAGUGGGAAGAUGAGGAAGAGGAGGAAAGUGGAGCAAGUAAGAAUACAACCAUAACAUCAUUUUUUAACAAGGUUGGCUCCAACAAGAGGCAAAAAACAAAACAUGCCUUUUUUACAGCACGAAACCUUGCAGUCUCAGAUUUACUAUGAUUUGGACUGAUUUGUCAAAAUUUUCACCCCUGUACAUGGUACAUGUACUCAAGUGAAAGGUGCAAACAGAUAUGUUGAAAAAUUAAGGACUUCAACCCAGAACUUUAAACUGCAGGAAUUUUCAUUUAGAACAUAAGCUGUAAUAUUGGCCAAAUCUCCUGUCUGCAGCAUGGUAUAGUAUGUUAUUAUUCACUGUUGUACUUACACUGGAACUUACAGUUACUGUUUACAAUUAAGUUUAUUUCAGUCCAGUGUGACAUAUAAUGCCUUCACCACUUCAGCACUUAGUUACCUAAGAUG